UACCAACCCAUCAUCUCUCUGAGUGACUGACUAUAAAUAUGGUUGUUUUGUUUUGUAACCUUUUCGAUUCCAGACCCUCCUCCUCCUUCUCUCUCACCUCUUCAAUAUUACUGUAUAUAUAUAUCGAUUUCAUCAUUUCAAUUAAGUGAAAAAAAUUAAAAGAGAAACCAAAAGAGAAAAAGAAAAUAAAGAAUUGAGAGAAAAAGGAGAGGCCUUUUGGGAGGAUGAUGAACGCGUCCUCUGGUCUUCUUCUUCAUAAACCUCCUCUGUUCAGAUCUUAAACUUUUUUAAUUUAAAUUUCGCAUCUUUAAAUCGGAAUAAGUUUAUUUGAUUCGUUCUAUCUACCAUGAAGGAUUUGUAUUCGUUGUUUUUGAAUUGAGUUUUCAGAGUGCCCCAUUGGAUUUGUAUCUCGUUAAGCCAAUCUUCUAAGUUUGAGCAGAAUUUUGAAGAUAAGUGCCAUGAAUUUGCAGCCAGGGAUGGAAUCCGAUCUUGGUAAGCUGUUCAUUGGUGGCAUAUCUUGGGAUACAAAUGAAGAUCGUCUCAAGGAAUACUUUGAAACUUAUGGAGAAAUCGUUGAAGCUGUGAUAAUGAAAGACAGGACUACUGGUCGCGCCCGUGGUUUUGGUUUCGUUGUAUUCGCAGACCCAACUGUUGCUGAGCGAGUUGUUAUGGAUAAACAUCAAAUUGAUGGUAGAACUGUUGAGGCAAAAAAGGCUGUUCCCCGGGAUGAUCAACAACAUAUUCCGGGCAGAAACAAUAAUAACAUUCAUGGAUCUCCUGUGCCCACUCGCACCAAAAAGAUAUUUGUUGGAGGUUUAGCAUCGACAGUCACAGAGACUGACUUCAAGCAGUAUUUUGAACAGUUUGGGAAGAUCACGGAUGUUGUAGUGAUGUAUGACCACAAUACUCAAAGACCAAGAGGUUUUGGCUUUAUCACUUAUGAGUCAGAGGAUUCUGUAGAUAAAGUGUUACAGAAAACCUUUCAUGAAUUGAACGGUAAAAUGGUUGAAGUCAAACGUGCAGUGCCAAAAGAGUUAUCUCCAGGACCCAGCCGAAGCCCAUUAGCUGGAUAUAAUUAUGGUUUAACCAGAGUCAAUAGCCUUCUUAACAGUUAUUCUCAGGGAUUUGGUCCAAGCUUGGUUGGGGGAUAUGGUGUUAGGAUGGAUGGUAGAUUCAGUCCAGUUGCUGGUAGUCGAGGUGGGUUUCCUCCUUUCGGCCCUCCUAGUUAUGGAUUAGGGAUGAAUUUUGAACCCGGCUUGAACUCAAGCUAUGGUGGGGCUGGUAAUUUUGGUGCUAAUAUUGGGUAUGGUCGGGGGUUGAACCCUUAUUACAAUGGCAAUUCCAACAGAUAUGCUAGUUCCAUAGGCUUCAGUGGUGGUAAUGGAGGAAGUGGCUCUCUAUUAAGCCCAACCACUCGUAAUGUCUGGGGUAAUGGGGGGUUAGGCUACAGCUCAAACUCCUCAAGCUCACAUUCUUUUAUGGGCUCUGGAAAUUCAAAUUUGGGAGCUGGUUCAUUUGGAAAUGGUGGUACCAAUUGGAGUUCCUCUCCUAUAUCAGCUCAAGGUGGAGGGAAUGCUUCCAACUUUUCUAGUGGAAAUCUUGGCUACGGAAAUGGGGACAGUAGUUAUGGAUUGGGAGGAGGAGGAUAUAGCAGAAACAAUGGUAGUGCCCCUGGUCCGACUCAAUCUUUUAAUUCAUCAAAUGGAGGUUAUGAUGGUGGUUAUGGUGAGUUUUUUGGUGGUGGUUCAGUUUAUGGAGAUCCAACUUGGAGAUCUGCAACUUCAGAGCUCGACGGAUCUAGCUCAUUUGGUUAUGGGAUGGGCACUGGAGCUUCUGAUGUUAAUCAUGUUACAGCUAAAGGUUCCGCCAGUUUUGUUGGCGGCUAUAGUGUUACAAAUAGACAACCAAAUAGAGGUAUUGCCACUUAGGAAGAUCAUUUGUUUGGAUUUCAGUUAUUUUAGGUUGAACAAAAUCCGGUGAAUCAGAUUAAAAUCUGUAAUUCCAUAGAUCCCCCCUUCAUUAAUAUAGAGAUAUAUUGAUUAUCUAGAGAAAAAGAGAAAUAGAGAUAAAGCUAACCGGACUGUAUGUUCUGGAGGAUUCAGUUGCAGGAGACGAAUUUUACUAAGGAUUUUGUGAAGGUUUGAGAUUUGAGUGUUUUCAUAAGGCUUUAGGUUCCCACUUGGGGUUUCUUUCAGCGUCAGAACGAUACAAGAAAAGAAAAAACAGAAAACGAAAAGAACAAAAAAAAAAGAUGAAGAAACAAAGUAUUUUUUUGUUUAAUUUCUAUUUCCUUGUUUUGCUGUAUUGUCUCUGGCAAAUUGUUGCUUGAUCUUAUCAGGUAUGGUUUUUCUUUUUCUUGUUAUUCUCAGAAGAUUGUAUCAGAGGUUGUCGCUCUAGUGAAACUUUUUUUGAAAGGGAUAACCCAUCUUGGUUCUCCCCCCCUUGAAUAAUAAGUUACUACAAAAUAUUCUGAUGAUUCAUUCUCUGCAAGGAGAAGUUACUGAAUUCUUUUCUAGACUUAACUUUUUUUGCGAA